CCAUGCUACCCCGCGACCGGAAGGCGGAGCCGUCGCUUCCGGAGCUACCACAGCACUUCCGUGUCUGCGGUGUGGGGCUGGCGGUGCCCGCGUCUUCGCUUGUUAUGGCCGCCGCCGUCGCUAUGGAGACAGAUGAUGCUGGAAAUCGACUUCGGUUUCAGUUGGAGUUGGAAUUUGUGCAGUGUUUAGCCAAUCCAAAUUACCUAAAUUUUCUUGCCCAAAGAGGUUACUUCAAAGACAAAGCUUUUGUUAACUAUCUUAAGUACUUGCUUUACUGGAAAGAACCAGAAUAUGCCAAGUAUCUAAAGUACCCUCAAUGUUUACACAUGUUAGAAUUGCUCCAAUAUGAACACUUCCGGAAGGAGCUGGUGAAUGCCCAGUGUGCAAAAUUCAUUGAUGAACAGCAGAUCCUACACUGGCAACACUAUUCCCGGAAGCGGAUGCGUCUUCAGCAGGCUCUGGCAGAACAGCAACAGCAGAAUAAUUCGUCAGGAAAAUGAAGAACAGGAAACAGACCAGGCUUUUAUGAUGUGUAUAUAAUAUGUAUCUCUUGUACAGUAGAGACCAGACUUCUCUUUCUGCUUACCUUGAUUGUAGUAGCACCUGGAAUCUUAGUGUGCUUUUUAAUUAGCAAACUUUUUAUUGUUAAUAGAUUAUUUCUGUUCAGUAAGAAUUGUUCGGCUUU